AUGAUAAUGGGGAACCCUCAGAUGACCUGGUGCCUGCCAUUCUGGACACCGCUCAUGAAUACAACAUCCAGGUAUGGUUCCCAUGGCGCAUUUUAUCGCUAUAAGAACAGCAUGGGCAAAAGCCUCCCCCUCUUUUAUAUCUACGACUCGUACCUGACGUCCCCUGAGGCCUGGGCCCAUCUCCUGACACCAAGUGGGUCCCACUCAAUACGCAACACCCCCUACGAUGGGGUCUUCAUAGCGCUGCUGGUGGAGGAGGGGCACACCCACGACAUCCUGGCCGCUGGCUUUGAUGGCAUGUACACCUACUUUGCCUCCAAUGGCUUCUCCUUUGGCUCCUCCCAUCAGAACUGGAAAGCCGUGAAGAACUUUUGUGAUUCCAACAACCUUAUGUUCAUUCCCAGCGUGGGGCCCGGCUACAUCGAUACCAGCAUCCGGCCCUGGAACAACCACAAUACCCGGAACAGGGUCAAUGGCAAGUACUACGAGACGGCCCUGCAGGCGGCCCUGACGGUCAGGCCCGAGAUCGUCUCCAUCACCUCUUUCAAUGAGUGGCACGAGGGCACACAGAUCGAGAAGGCUACUCCCAAGAAGACACCCGCUCGCCUCUAUCUGGACUACCUGCCGCACCAGCCCAGCCUGUACCUGGAGCUGACCCGCCGCUGGGCGGAGCACUUCAUGGAGGAAAAGGAGCAAUGGUUGAUGUGAAGAGCCUGCAUCCAGGGGCCCCAGCCUCGCUGGAGGCCACAGGGUAGGGCUCAGUGGAGGAGGGACAGGCACUCGCUCGCCUGUCCCUCAGGCAAGUCACCUGCAGUUCUGCAGUGAUGGGAGACACAGCAGUGGUCUAGAAGGGCAAUGGCAGAGGCUACGAGGUAACUGAACUUAUGAGCCCAGGACCCGGCUCUGAGUCAGGGAGGGCCCUUCAACAGAAUCCUUCUAGCUUUGUCCUGCUUAGGCAGGUGCUGUAAAGUGUAACCAUGCCAGCGCAGUGGGCCCUCCUGGAAGGCUGUCAGGGCUCUGGGCUAGCAGGCAUCCUGUUCUCUGCCACCCUGAUCCCUUCAGACCUCCUUCCUAAGUUAGGGAACCAUAUUAAAGGGGCUUCAAAGAGUUCAUGGAAAGAUCCCAUCGUUUUUCAUUCCAUUUCCCCAAGAACGUUUUGAAGCUGCACAGUACUUGAGAGUUCCUGAAAGGGAAGUUCUAGGUGUAGGCUCCUCCCCAUAGAUCCCUGAACCCAAUGGUCAGAAAAGGAAAAUACAGGGCCUUCACACAUUCAACACCUGGUCAGGCUCCUUGCUGUGUGCUGGGGGCAAGCGGGAAUGGGGAGGAACUUGGCCACGGGCAGUUCCUGGGCUUAAGCUCACAGAAGCCAGCGGUCUUGUAGCCAGGCCUGGGCAUAGCUGGAGGCUUUUGAGUUUUACUUAGUGCUCUGAGAAAAUGCCUCCGUGCUCUGGAGCCUCCACUCCUGGAAGAGUAGGCUGUCCUCUUCUUCUGGUGCCCACUCCCUUGAGUCAUUUCCUGCACUACAGUGGUCUGGUAUUACCAUGACUUUGAAGCACCUGUAGAGUCUCCCAGGAACUGAGGUGUAGGAUGGGUUAGGAAGAAUGAGUUUGCUUAAUACUAGUUCAAACAAGACUACUAGAGGGAAUGUAUAACAACCAGUAUUUAACUAAAAAUAAACUAAUAGGCUAAUGUAAUGGAGCCCCUACGAUACCCUGGCCACAUUCUUAGACCUACUUGAAUAUAUGUGGAUUGUAAUGAGAAGUCUGUGGACUCAAAAUGGAAUUCCAAUUCUGGUGACAGGCACAGAGGAGGGGGGCAGCAGACCCUAGUGGUCACCAGGACACCAGGUCCCACUGGGUCACUCACAAUGACUGGAUGGAGGGCAGGCUUGGCUGGACAGCAUAUAGAUGAGCUGAAGAGAUGGAGGGGGGAAAGGGGCUGGACGCUGACCCGAGUAGGUUGUGGAGGUCACCACACUGAGGGGUCAUUACACACACACAAAUUAGGAAAAUAAAAAUUAUGGAGUUGGGGUGGUGGAGCAGCAGUGUAACCUGACUCAGUUAUUCUGAAGUCUGAUCUGUAUAUCCAGAGCCGUAAAGCCUUUCACACACCUUGGCCCGGUCAUUCCACUCUAAGGGGAAAAUUUGAAAGAAAAAAAAUAAACAAUUUACAAUGUUUAA